AAGCAGCCCCCCUUCUGAUAACUUAUGUAGCUGUUAUGUAGUCAGUUGUUUUCUCAUCCAUUUCUUACCUCCUUAUCGUUGAUGUUUUAAUACAGAAUGGCUUCUCUCAAAUCAGCGUUGGCUUAUUCCACCAGGGUGCUUACGGUACUAAAGAAACAGACGCAUGUCAUUUACAUCAAGAGGACUCUCCUCGUGUCUAGACUGCCUCUCUUCAAACGUGCAGAUGGCUGGUUCAUUCCCUUCAGGCGACAAUCCAGCUCCACUGCAACCGGAGUAGAGAAAGGAGACGACUCUUUCCUCAAAUGGUUCCUGCUGCUCAUCCCUGCCACCACCUUUGGCCUUGGUACCUGGCAGGUGAAACGACGUCAGUGGAAAAUGCAGCUGAUUAGUGAGCUGCAAAGACUCACUACUGCGGAACCCAUUCCUCUUCCUCGCGAUCCUCAUGAGCUGAAUAGCCUAGAGUACAGAAGGGUGAGAGUGCGUGGACAGUACGACCACUCACAGGAGCUGUAUAUUCUGCCCCGCUCCCCAGUCGACCCAGAGAAAGAGGCCAGAGAGGCAGGCAGGCUGGCUUCAAGCGGAGAGACCGGUGCAAAUGUCAUCACUCCAUUUCACUGCACUGACCUCGGCAUCACAAUCCUGGUGAACAGAGGAUAUGUUCCAAGGCAGAAGAUACGACCAGAGACCAGGACGAAGGGACAGGUGGAAGGUGAGGUGGAGGUGGUUGGGGUCGUUAGGCUGACAGAGACUCGCAAACCCUUUGUACCAAACAAUGAUGUGGAGAGAAACCGCUGGCAUUACAGAGACCUGGAGGCCAUGUCCAGUGUCACUGGAGCUGAGCCCAUCUUCAUUGAUGCCGACUUUGGCAGCACCAUUCCUGGUGGACCAAUAGGUGGACAGACUAGAGUCACGUUGAGGAAUGAACACAUGCAGUACAUAGUGACAUGGUAUGGUUUGUGUGCAGCUACCUCCUACAUGUGGUUUGCCAAGUUUGUCAAGAAGAUUUAAGUGUGAUCUGGUUACAUGCAAUGAAAUAAUUAUACAAAUGAACUGAAAUGUCGCAAACUUCUCAUUUACUGGAUGUACUUUAUUAGCUCCAGCCUAUAUGUAAAUAGCUGUGGAUUAUUCUCCUGAAAUGUAAUUAAUAAAAAAUAGAAUUUG